AUGGUGUUUCGAAGUUUUUUGCCAUUAAGUAGUAGUUCUAAGACUUCAUCUGGUCGUAACCAAGCAUCUGUAGAAGACACUUCAAGUCCUGAGUUUUCUCCAGUAAAAGUUGCUAUUGAAGUAGAGUCUCCACCAUGUGUGCUCUACGGGAAUGCGUUAGAUUCAAGAGGAGCUGUCCUAAAUGGGUUGUUGAGGUUGAAGAUAAAAGAUCCAUAUUCAAAUGUUCCUUUUGCUGAUGCCUCGCUACAACUAUCUAACUUAAAUGGACUAACUCUGUCUGAUCCUGACUCUGAUAUAGCUGAGUUAACAAAGAGAAAAAUAGAUAUAUUCGCCGGGUAUACAAAGGUAACUAUCACUUCUGUUCACUUAAAAAUGAUUCAAAUUGUGAAAUAUAGCAAACCAUUUCUUCCAGGCAGUACUGCAUUAGAAAACUGUGAUAACUGUAAUGUGAAAGUGAACACAAUGAAAAGAUGGCCAAUACAAGAAAAAGAUGCCGACUUUACAGUCGGUACUUAUGAAUUUCCAUUCUCAUAUUUAAUUCCAGGUUCUGUUCCUGCUACUUGUGCAUUGGGCGCAAACUCUGAGACUCAAAUAAAAUAUAAGUUGGUUGCUGAGGUAUUUUAUAACAUCCCAUUUAAAAACUCACCAAAAUAUGGUGAUGUCGAUAAAUUAGAGUUGGAGAUGCCAAUAGCAAUCACAAGAAGCAUCACAAGAGGUCCAGAUAAAAAUUCUUUGAGGGUUUUCCCACCGACAGAGUUGACUGCAGCUGCUGUUAUUCCUAAUGUUAUUCAUCCUAAAUCGACAUUUCCUUUAGAACUUAAGAUAGACGGUAUAUCAUCAACUGAUAGGAGAUGGCGUAUGCGUAAGUUGAAUUGGAAAAUAGAGGAGACUACCAGAGUGAGAGGUUAUUCUUGCAGAGCACACAAAAAUGAUUUAAAUACAUUUGAGAAAGCAAUACAGUUGAAAGAAGAAGAAAAGAAGAAGAAAAAGCAUGUACCGAUUAAAAGGUAUGGUGAUAUAGGCCCUCGGAUUACCGUCUCGCUAGGAAAUCCAAAUAAUAUGCCAUUUAAAAAUAACAAUAAGAACAAUACCAACAGAGGUGGAGAUGCAACUCCAGAUAGAAAUGAAAAUCCUACUACUGUACAGAAUCCCAGAGAUAGACAAACAAAUUCUUCUCUCAGUUCUAACACUAUCAAUCCUCAAGGAGAUCAUGACGACGAUGACUAUGAUGAACCUAAUGAAUUUAUCCAUCCUAGCGAUGAUGCUAUGCGUCAAGAAGUUGAACAACAACAGGAAAUACAGAGGCAAAAGCAAAUCCAACAUGAAUUAGAAAGUGAAAUAAGUUUAUUCACUGAAGAAGUACGGGUCCUUUCAAGUGGUGAAAUGAAAAAAGGCUGGAAAACAGAUUUCAACAACAACGGUCAUAUAGACAUUGUGACUGAAAUAAAUUGCAUGUCGUUGAACUCAGGAUUAUCAAAUCACCUUAGAUAUGUUUCUACUGCUAGAAGUAAUGAAUCAAUAUCUACAUCAAAUCCCGUGACAAUUUCUUGUGAUAUACAAGAUCCUAUCCUUGGUAUCUAUGUUAGCCAUUUAUUAUCUGUCGAAUUAGUAGUCGCAGAAGAGGCUUUGCAAUAUGCCAAUGGUCAGCCUCUGGAAAAUGUUAAAAAAUCAGAUAAGCCGAGGAAUAGUAGCUCAUCAUCAUCAAAAAGUGAAGACCAACGCCUGGCAGAAUUAUCUCCAAUGUUUGCUAACAGGAGCGUAAGAAGCAGACCCAUAGAAUCAGAUGAGGAUAUACCAUCUAUAUCUGACAACAGCACGAAUUCAACAGCCGGUAGUAAAGGAACGUCAAAUAAUAUGAAAAUUGUAAGUGUUCCAACAGGUGCAGCUCGUGUAUUAAGAAUGCAAUUCAGGUUAGUUGUUACAGAGCGAUCUGGCUUAGGGAUAUCUUGGGAAGAUGAAGUUCCACCAUUAUAUCAAGAUGUCAAAUCAUUUUGUCCUCCGGACUAUGCUAAAUUGAUACAAAAUCACGUUGUUGAGAAUGUCAAAACAUCCGUAUUAGAGACUGAAUAUAUAGAUUCAGCACCUGAGUAUGGACUUCAAAUCAAUCCUCAACUUCCUCAAACACUUCUUCCGCCCCCUCAAGCAAGACAUCAUAAAUCGAUUCACAGAUCGCAACUCAGUCCUUUGGAUUCAUUUUAUUAA